UGUGUUUCUACAACUUGAGCAGGUGGUUUCCGGCACACCAGGCCGCCAUCCCCAGGUCUCGAGUCAUCACAGUGUCGCAAUGACGCAGAGACCGUGUUUCUCUUACUCUAUGCUAACUCCUGUCCAGGCUUCGGACUCGGACAUCAACGUGACAUCGGCACCCGCCGAAGUCACAAGGCGCUGCUCGACACGGCAUCUUCCACGCUUACUCGCGGGAAGCAAAAAAAGGAUGAGACACGCCCGAACAAAGAGCACGCUGGACAACUCUUGUCCGCAGGGCCUUCCUCUGCUGACAGGCAGCUGCAAACCAGCCCGUGGGAAUAAUGUGGAUCAGCCAUCGUUCCAUUCCGCUCUUGACCAGCCUUGUCAUCCUGUCGUUCCCUUUGCUUUCCGCUCCGCUCGCGUUUCUGGUGCCACCCUCGUUCGUUCUGGGACUUCUGCCCGCAUCCGUAUACUCAUCUCCUAUCCACACGUAAAGAACAUCAUAACUGCUCAUCUUACUACAGUAUCAGCCCAUCCUUGACUUUACGAGCAAACCUACUACAGUCUACACUGAAACGACACCCAACAACCUACAUUGUCCGGCCGGUAUUCGCACCAACAAUAAUGGCGCUAUCAUCGGACCCUCCUUCCUCUUCCAUCGUAACCAACAACACCAACACCGACAACACCAAGAACACCAAUAUACCCUAUACACGAAUUUCUGCCGACUCCUUUGAGGACCUCAACCACUUCAUCAACAUCAUCACUGACGCUUUUCAUGCAACUGCUCUCACCAACGCUUUCAUAACCGACAAUGAUGGGACGAAUCCCCCCUCGCACAGCAUCCCCCGAGAGCGGCGAGAGCGACAUUUUGCCAAAGGCAUCAUCGAAAGCGCCACGUCGGGCGCCGAACUAGUCCAGGCAGGCAACUGGUCUGCCAUAGCGUUAUGGGAGGCUCCCAAUUCCCAAGGCACGGCAUUCAUCGACUCAAAAGCUCAGCCGGGCGCGCUGCCCAGGGAAUGGCGAGCUCGGGUCAAGGCCGCAAAGGCAAAGUAUAUGGCCGCGGAACCAGAACCCUCGACGUCCACGUCGACACCCGCCUCUUCUUCCACUACUGAUUCCGAGGCGUCGGGCUCGUCCUCGUCUGACUCGUGCGCAAACGGCGACCACACCCAAGGUUCCUAUGAACAACCUGAACAACAACACCGGAUUAGACCCUAUUAUCAUCUCUCCUUCUUGGCUCGCAACCCUUCGAGGCCCCGGGUCCCAGGAAGUCUCAAUGCGGUCAUCACUCCAUUUCUGGAACGCGCUCGUGCCGAACACGUCCCGGCAUGGCUCGAAGCCACGUCGCGGCAGGCUGUCAAGCUAUAUGAGCGUUACGGCUUCCGCGUGGUGGAGGAAAUCGUUGUGGGGAAGGACAAGGUCGACGCUCAUGGCUGGCCUACUCCUGACGGCUCUGGUGAAGGCGUGACUGCCUGGGCCAUGAUUUACGAUCCGCAUCUUCGGGAGUGACAGACCAGCGACCUUAUUGUUUUAAUGUUCUUUUUCUUCCCUCUACAAAGCCCGAUUUGCGUAGUAGCCGUGGUGGGAGGCUAUGAUUAUACGCCAAUCGUCAUCGGUCAUGUGCCCACAGCCACCAUUCUUCCGUGGACUUGCCAGACUAUCAAUCUGGAUCUCCUCAAUUACGCUCCCACGACCACCGAUAUUGCAGCUCUCAAGAACCACAUCUGAUCUCUGCAGUCGCCUUGGUCCGCCGUGACCUCGCCAUUGUUACGACGAGGGCAGAUGACAUCGAACACUAAUACCCAGCCAAGGCCCCCCUUAGGUCACGAUCACCCAAGUGAAACACCUUGACGGGGCGUUCUGGUCGCGUCGGUCCUUGAAGGAACGAUGAUGGAGACUGUGUACACCUAAAAGGCCCUCAGUGCCGGUCACAGGAUUGUAGAUGAUUUUCGUAGUAAGUAAGCCGUCAAAGGAUGGAUAUACGACGAGAAAUAAAUAAUUAUUAUUGUCACGAUAUGCUUGAAGGGCCUCUCGACUAGGAGAAGAGCUUCCUGUUCGAUACUGGGUCAGACAUGAGUAGGUGGUAGUGGUCUAAGGUGAUUUCACGGAUAGUUACCCCCAGUACUACUAUCAGUAGCUGUAGUAUCUACAGUACGGAAUGCAGUGGGCAGGCAAGUAGAGUAGACAUACAUCAUUCAUCCAUUCUACAACAUCC